GGAUUGUGAAGUGAGAAUGUGGGCAGAAGGACGCCAUUCCGCCAUUGUCUUGAUGGGCACCGCGCAGAGCACUGGCACGUCGGCCGAGGUCGAAGUGCUCAAGCGCGAGAUCGAGGCUUUGAAGCAGGCCCACCACGAUGCCAUGCAGAAGCUCAAGUGCAACCACGCGGCGCAGCUGGAUGCAGUCGUGCUCGCAGCGGAGGCGCAGCAGCGCACCCAGACCGAGACCGAGGCCGAACGCUCGGAACGGCAGCGCGCGCACGCGACGAGGCUUCUGACCCAGCGGCUCGUCUCGGUCCGGUCGAUCGACGCCGCGACGUUCCGCUUCCACUCGACGGUGAGCCCAAGCGCGCACGGCUUUCCGUUCGCCAAGAUCACGGCCGGCCAUCUCGCAGACAACACGCUCGUAUUGCGCAUCCAGCUGAAGUCGAAUACUGAUGCCACUGUGGUCCGCCGCUUCAAAGAGUCGAUCGCUCUCAUGCGAGCGCUUGACGGCGGCAACGGCACGCUGCUGCGUCUCGUGGGCGGCAGCAAUCUGCUCUCGGACGACCCCAUCGCGUUCGUCGAAAACAUGUCGGGCAUGAACCUCUACGCGUUCCUUGUGAUGAAGCGCGAUGCGUCGUGGCGGUCCAAGCUCAUGAUCGGCAUCCAAGUCGCCAAGGCCGUCGUGCACAUUCACAACAUGGCGACGAUGCACCGCGACCUCUCGUGGUCGCGCAUCUACGUCGACAACAACGACUUCGUCAAGGUCUUUGUCGGUCUCAACACGCGCGACAGCGGCGCCAGCGCCUUGACGCAGAACGUCGGCCACGACCGGUGGCGGGCGCCCGAGAUGCUCUGCGCUGCGGAAACGGACCAGCACGCCGGCACCUACUCGGACAAGGUCGACAUCUACUGCCUCGGCCUCGUGCUCAUGACGCUCGUGACCCACGACAAGCCGUUCGCGCACAUGGCGGACUACGACAAGCGCGUGUCGGCGUGGCUGGCAGACCGCAGCUCGGCGUUUCCGACGCUCGCUAAAGACUUUGGUCCUUGCCCGUCAAACGCGUACCAGGCGCUCGUCCUUGAAUGCACGCAGUACGACGCAGAGCAGCGGCCGAGAGCAUCCGACGUCGUUCGCCGCCUCGAAGACGUCCUCGACGGGCUCGUCGAAGUCGCUCCGCACCGGCCCAUCGCCAACCGCCCCGUCGUCAACCUCACCCUCAAGAUCGUCAAGGCAACGGCUCUCCGCUCGCCGUCUGUCUUUGGCAAUUCGUUCGAUGCGUGGUGCGUCGUCAGCAUCGACGACUACACCACGUGGGGGCCGGUCGAGACGAAGCGCGCCACGGGCGGCGUUUGCGUCCACACGUGGAACUCCCAGUUCAACGUCCCAAACGUCAAGCCGCUCGACACGACAGUGACGAUCGAGGUGGUCACGACAGGCCUCUUGAGCCUUGGUACGACCAAGCUCGGCAAGGUCACGCUGCCGCUAAUGGAGCUGCUGGAUCUCGACCCGAGCCGCGAAAACGCACUGCAGGGCACUGCGCGCGCCAGCCUCACGGCGGUGCGCCACGUCGAGUGCGACAUCUUGUUGAACACAAACCCCGUUGGUACGAUGACGCUAGCGGCGCAGUUUAGCCCCGAGGUCCAGGCCUACCUCGAGCUCUACGUCCGAGAAAAGACGACACUGUUGGCCGCCUACAACGGUGCCAAGUCCCAUCACGGCGACGACUUGAAGCGCAAGCGCGACAUGGCAGUGAACGCGCUCGCGGUGAGCCCAUGAGACAAUGCGUUAACGUAUCAACUUGAUACAAUGGUCGUUGUGGUUUGUGU